AUGGGGUCCAUGUUCCAAUACAAUGUCCUCCUAGGUGCCUAUCAACUCUCACACGUCUCAGAUAAUGCAGUGAUAUCUGACGUGCAGCAGAUUAUCCUCCACCCUGACUACAAUGGCUUGAGUGGAUCCACUGGAGAUAUUGCUUUAAUUAAGCUGAAGUCCCCUGUGAAGUUCACCAACUACAUCCUCCCCAUCUGCCUGCCAGAGUCCUCUACACAGUUCCUUUUGAACGAAUCCUGCUGGGUGACCGGAUGGGGAAAUAUUCAAUAUGGAGGUGAGGGGUGUUCUUCAAAAGGCUCAUUCAGACUCUGGGGCUCAUCCUGAUUCAUCCCAAAACUUUUGCAGACGCAAGCAGUAUUGAAAGUGGAACCCAUUGAAACUGCCCCAAGACCUUCAUGAGCACAAAUCCUCAGGAAUGCACAAUAAAAAUGCUAUCUGGAAGGCCCGAAUUAUAGUCCUUCUUGAGCAUUCAGUUUGAUUUGGUUAUGGGGCAGCUCCGAGGGUUUAGGUAUAAGCAUUUUUUUGUGCAUGCAAAAAAAUCCAUGCACCUGGAACUGAACCCCUGUGCAAGAUGCGAUCAUACUGCACUUGGAAUCUGCAAACAUUUUGGUACGUGCUUGAAUCCCUCCCACAAAAUGCUGACACUCUGGAAGCAAAUUCAGUACAAAUGGGAGAGAAAUUUAAUUCUGUUUUCAUUUAAAUUACACUUUCUCCAAACCAUACUCAAAUGAAAACAUUGUCACUCUCUGAAUUUUGCAAUGCAGUUCUGCAGCCAAGUAAUGUGUACAGAAAAGCUUACAUAUGCUGGGGUAAAGUCUGUAUAAAAAUGCAUGGGUUAAUGAAAAUGCAUGCAUAUAUUAGGAGAAAAUUGCACUGGGCUGCGACUGGAUUUUCAUGAGGAUUUCUUUUUUAAAAAAUGCAGGGUUUUUUUAAUUUCCCAAGGUCCAACUCUACCAUUAGGCAGAGUGAAGCAGGUGCCUCAGCUGGCAAGCCCUGAGAGAUGUGAAACAGCCAUGUUAUCUGACUUUCAUUCCAAAGCUCACCUGCUGCUCUUAGGUGUAAUGGAAGCCCAGCCGGCCCACCGGUGAGGCAGGCUGCAGCAGCUGCCUCAGGCAGCAGAACACUAAGAGGUAGCACCCCUGCAAGUGCCCCACAGACUCCACUACUGGCAGAAAAGCAGUGGCUUCCAAUGAGAUCUGAUGAGACCUCGCCCAAACCUGCCAUCACUGGUGUUACCCAGGUAACAGAGGAUUUGGCAGGGGGUGGCAGCAGCACUGGCAUGUUCCGGUUUUCCCUCAGGAGCCAAAUUGGGACAUGCCACCCCUGAGUGAAAUAUGAUGUCCCACUGCCGCCUUCUGCACAUCUCAUGCUCUGAGGUGUAGUGAGUGCACACCCACCAUGCACUCACUGCUAAAAGUGUAUGUGUCUGAAUGCACUUGAAUUAUUCUGCCUCUGCCUUCCAUGACUGCUUUCCAUUUCUCUCUCUCUCUCUCUUCCAGUGCCUUUGCCAGAUCCACGAACCCUCCAGGAAGUCAAGGUGCCACUCAUAAUUCGAGAAAUCUGCAAUAUUCUCUAUAACAGUCGCCCAGUGCUAGGCCUGGGCUGGGAUCCUAUCAAGCAGGAUAUGAUCUGUGCUGGUUACCCAGAAGGUGGGAAAGAUUCCUGCCAGGUAGGUUGUUCCAUGACCUGUUCUUCAUACACUCAUUGCAGGUGGUAGACAAAGGCAGACUCUGGUGUGAUGGCAUUUGAAAAUCCCUUAUGUUAUUACUGUAUGUAUGAACUUACAUUGUGUGUAUAUAGUACUUAGGCAUUGCUUACUAAUUUGACUCUAGCUAGGGAGACUAUUUUUCAGAUUCUCCCAUUUUUCAAAGUGUUAUUGCUUUUGUUUCAUCUUAAAUAUUGUGAUGCUGCUUCUUUGGGCAAUAUCCCAAAUAUUGCAGGUGCCAGAAGCUGGCAGAAUCACUAGAACUAUCUUGUCCAUUCAUGCAUGAGGUGAUAAAGAUUUUUUAUUUUAAAGGUUUUUUUAUUCAAUUUUACAAUUAACAUUUACAUUCAAACCAAAAUCGUAAUCAUAAACAUAUAGUAGUCCCUGAAUCCUUGGACUUCCCUCCAUGGGUUCCAUUGUUAAUCUUUUUCAACUGCAUCAUAGUAAUGUUCUCUAUUUUUCCUUAAAAUCUCAUUCUUACCAUAAUUCUUGUUACAUUAAAAGUGUUGUUAAAAUCCUCCCUUUACAGUGUUCUCCCAGGUAACUUAUAAAUUCCCCCCAUUCUUUAUUGAAUUUAUUGCCUUCUUGGUUUCUGAUCUUCAUUGUCAUUUUCGCCAUUUCGGCAAAUACAGAUAAAGAUUUAAACCAGACAUUGGGAACUCUUCCACACUUCUGCUUGUCCAAGAGGUUUUCCACUUGUCCCAUGAUUUGAGGCAUGAGCAGUUUUUCGUCUGUCCUGCCAUGUUCCCUGGGAAAACCUACUGUUUACCGCUAACAUCAAUCCGCAGAAAAAACCAAUGGACUUCCAUUCCAAUAAUAAUAAUAAAUUUUUAUUUAUACCCUGCCCUUCCCAGUUUAAAAACCGGGCUCAGGGCGGCUAACAGCAAAUAUAAAACAUUGAUUAAAAUGUGACUUUAAAACAGCAUAAAAUACAACAUAAAAUGCAGCAUCAAUAUCAAUAACAUUCAAAAAUUCAGGGGUCAUUGGGGGGGCAGUCAGUAGACAUCAAAUGAUCACCAGGGCUAACUGGCCAAGUUGGUCCUACUAGGGCCAGCAAGGAGACCAGGGAAGAAUUUAAAUGUGGGGUCCCAGAAAGGAUUUCUUUAUAGAAGAGGGAAGGGGAAAGGGAAUAGAGGAUCAGGCUAAUUCAAAUUGAAGGCCAGGUGGAAUAGCUCUGUCUUACAGGCCCUGUGGAAGGAGAUCAAGUCCUGCAGGGCCCUAGUCUUGUGGGACAGAGCAUUCCACCAGGUCGGAGCCACAGCCAAAAAAGCCCUGGCCCUGGUGGAGGAUAGUCUGGCUUCCUUAGGGCCCUGGAUCUUUAAGCUAUUCUUAUUCAUGGACCUUAGGAUCCUCUGCAGGACAUACCAGGAGAGGUGGUCCCGUAAGUACGAGGGUCCUAGGCAUCAUAGGGUUAUAAAGGUCAAAACUAGCACCUUAAACCUGACCCUAUACUCCACCAGGAGCCAGUGCAGUUGGUAGAGCACUGGAUGAAUAUGCUCCCUGUGAGGAGCCUCGCUGCAGCAUUCUGCACCCGCUGGAGUUUCUGGGACAGUUUCAAGGGCAGCCUCACAGAGCGAGUUACAGUAGUCAAGCCUGGAGGUGACCGUCACAUGGAUCACUGUGGCCAGGUCGAGGUGGGAAAGAUAAGGGACCAACUGCUUGAUACGGCGAAGAUGGGAAAAUGUCGCCUUGGCUGUUGCUGCAACCUGCGCCUCCAUGGAAAGGGAGGUGUCAAGGAAUACACCCAAACUCUUAACGGAAGGCACUGGCACUAAUUGAGCCCCUGCAAGAGAAGGGAGUUGGUCCCCCAACCCCAUGCCAUCCCGACCCAGUCAGAGGACCUCUGUCUUUGAAGGAUUUAAUUUCGGUCAGCUCCCACAAAGCCAUCCAGCCACAGCUUCCAAGCAUCUGGUCAGUGUGCCCGGGGUCAAGUUGGGGUGGCCGUCCAUCAGCAGAUAGAGCUGGGUGUCAUGAGCAUAUUGGUGAAACCCAGCCCAAAGCUCUGGACAAUCUGGGGGAGGGGGCGCAUAAAGAUGUUUUUAAAAGCGUUUACCAAUUCAGUGGUAAACAGCAGGUUUUCCUGGGCAAAAGCGGCAGGACAAGCCUAGUUUGUGGAUGAGCCUGGAUAUUGCUCAGCUACAACUCCCAACACCCCUUACCAUGGGCUGGAACUGUUGGGAGGUGAAGUCCCCCAUCCCUGAUUAUUGCACUGAUUCCAGCUGCUUCACCCAAUCAAGAUUCAGAGUCUGAUAUCAGAGUGUUCAGCGUAGAUCCUCUGCUACCUCCCAUCUCUUUCUCCACAGGGUGACUCUGGAGGACCUUUGGUUUGCCAGCUUGAAGGAGUUUGGACCCAGGCUGGGGUUGUAAGUUGGGGAGAUGGCUGUGCUGAAAGAAGCCACCCUGGUGUCUACACUCUAGUGCCUUUCUAUGCCAACUGGAUCCAAGACAAGAUGAGUGGUAGAAAUGGGAGUGGCGGCAAAAGUGACCAACUACACAACGCCCUUGUUGUGACAUUCACUUUGGUGUCUCUUCUGCUAGCCCUUCUGUGAAAAACCAAUCUAUUGGCUUUCCAUCUUACCUAUAAUUUCCGGGAAUAUUUAGGCUGCUGGAGGACUCUGUUUAAAUCACCACAUGCAGUAGAUCCAGGGAAACCUACCCCUACUUCUCCCUGAUUAAUACAGGCAUUAGCCUUGUCACAUUUCACUUCCUUUCUAACCAUUUGAUCAUAGCUUAAGCAUUUAUUAUUAAAUUUUGAUCCUACCUUACCUCCAUGGAGCUGAAGAUGACAUACAUGGCUCUCCUCCUCCCCAUUUUUAUCCUCACAACAACCCUGUGAGGCAGGUUCAGCUGAAAGUGUAUGACUGGCUCAAGGUCACCAACAGGCUGGCUGGAAAUUUGAACCCUGGUCUCCUAGGUCCUAGUCCAACACUCUAACCAUGACACCUUACUGUUACACCCAAAGAACCCCAGGAUUAUCACCUGGAGAAGAAGCUGAGAAUUUUCCAUCCAUGGACAUCAGUUGGAAGCUAUGAUAUUUCAGACUUUUACACUGAUACUGAAAGUGAUGAUUUAAUGUCCACAAUUCCUUUUUAUUUAUUUUAAGUGGUGCCUGUCGUUCCAUUCUUAAAAGAAAAUUAAUGUUUUUAAUUGACAUUUUUAAAUGAAGUGGAAACAAGUGGUAGAUAAAUUCAGCCCCUGGGACAAAACAUAAUAAGUUAUGAACUUUAAUUUGAAUUUCUUCAGUCAUUUGAUCUUUUAUUUGUGAUGCUUCAGAGUUUUAAAGCUAUCAAUAAAUUAUUAUAAAAUACUUUCAAUAGUUUUAUUGCUUUAUUCUUUGUAUGAUUAUUUCUUCUUCUUUUCUCUUUUAAUAUUUGUAUGUAUACCCAAAGAGAAAGAGAAUGUUUUUAUGUACUAUCUCUGUCUGCUUCAACUACCUCCAUUUCUUCAUGCUUUGCUCAGCUUUUUCCUCUUCUUUCUGCAUCCUGCAUGCAUGUAUAUACAGUGGUUUCUUGGUUCUCGAACUUAAUCCGUUCCGGGAGUCCGUUCGACUCCCAAAACCAUUCAAAAACCAAAGCGCAGCUUCCAACUGGCUGCAGGAGCUUCCUGCACUCAGUUGGAAGCCAUGGAAGCCACAUCGGAUAUUUGGCUUCUGAAAAACAUUCGCAAACCAGAUCACUCACUUCCGAGUUUGCAGAGUUCAGGAGCCGAUUUGUUCAGGAGCCAAGCCAUUCAAGUACCAAGGUACCAUUGUACUGAGUUAGACCAUUGGCCCAGAUUUUGUGGGAAGGGGCAGAGGCUAACAGAAUCACUAGAACUAGCUCGCCAGUAAAUGCUGGAGACACUAAAGAUUUAAACCAGACACUGGUAACCUCUGACCCUCCAUUGUUGCUGGUCAGCAACUCCUACCAUCCCUGACCAUGGAGCAUGCUGGAUGGAACUGCUGGGAGGUGAAGCCCAACAACAUAUGGAGGGUUUCAGGUUCCCCAUCCCUGAUUGAUACACUUAUUCCAUCUCCUUUACCUUGUUUGGCUCUGGUGUCAUUGUGGGAUCAAUCUCCCAAAUCUUUCUCCACAGGGUGACUCCAGGAGAGCCUUAGUUUGCCAGCUCAAGUUUGACCCAGGCUGGGGUUGUGAGCUUGGGAAGAGGCUGUGA